GGUGAUAGACAUUCGCUGCUUCCAAUCGGAGGCGCGCAGUGCCGGGAGCGGUCAAUCGGAGGCUUCGGUGGGCGGAGCGGCCGGGCCAGUUAGCUUUGGCGGUUCUAUUUCAACAUGGCCGAAGCGAGCGGCGUCAACGUAGGCAGCGGCUGUGAGGAAAAAGGGCCUGAGGAAUUGUCUCAGCAAUCUGCGCGCCCCGGCACUACCAUCUCGAGGGUGAAGCUUUUUGACACCAUGGUGGACACUUUCAUCCAGAAGUUGGUCGCUGCUGGGAGUAAUAACCUUCUUCACUGGGUGGGUUCAUCCGUUUCUCACCCGCCCUCUGGAGGACAGUCUGUGGAACAGGCGUUCAGUCGGGCAGCAAGCCGUUUACCAUGGAGAAGGAAGGAGGAAAUCUCUGAAAUCAAAGCGGAGGGAAACCUGGAAGCUGUCCUGAAUGCGCUGGAUGCGAUUGUGGAAGAAAGCAAGGACUGCAAGGAGCCGGCUUGGCGCCCUAGUGGGAUCCCAGAGAAAGACCUGCGCAGCGCUGUGGUGCCCUACUUUCUGCAGCAGCGGGACGCCCUGCAGCGCCAUGUGCAGAAACAGGAGGCCGAGAACAGGCAGCUGGCAGAUGCCGUCCUGGCCGGGCGCAGGCAGGUGGAGGAGCUGCAGCUGCAGGUCCAGGCCCGGCAGCAGGCCUGGAAGGCUCUACACAGAGAACAGAAGGAGCUGGUGGCCGUGCUGGGGGAGCCUGAGUGAGGAGGAGAGGGCCCGGCCCAGGAGCAGAGGGCAGUCAAGGUCAAGGGCCUGUGGUCCAGGAUGCUGGGCCUGAGUGAGCUGCCUCCCAGAACAGUCCCUAAGCAGUGAUGGAAUUUGCCGGAGAAGGAGGCCUCAGCUGUCUCCACUGCCGUUGUGCCUCUGGGGCUCCCUUGGGGUCAAAAACACACACUACCUUCAGAUUCCUCCCUGUUUUCUAACUUUAGGAUUCUUGGCCAGCUCCCACCCUGGGAAUUAGGCACCAUGCUUCCUCUCCUUUAGGUUCAGGCCAACCCCCCACCCUACCCGCAUCACACAUAUCGCCUAUUCCUGAGACCUCCCUGGGACCUGGCUUAGGGAAUCUGUAAUUCAGUUACCACUGAUUGUCCCCUUGCUGGCCAGCCCGAGCCAUGUUCUCCCCACAUCCGCAAAUAAACUUCCUCCACCACACUGUAA